UAAAAGAUAAAUAAUGAAUGAAGCAAGUCAAUCACUAUUUCCUGAAGAAGAAGAACAACAAGAGAUUGUAGAAGUAAAGCAAAAACAAUUGUAAUGCGUGAUCAAGACAACUUAUUGCUUAUAGUACAACUAUAAAGAAAGUAUAGUAUUUGCUAUUGAUUGUCAUCCUACCAUGUUUGAGCAGGACAUGGAAGGAAUUGCCCCGAUCCAGACCGUGUUUGAUCAAAUAAAGCGUAUUAUGCUCUAUAAAGUAUUGGCCUAUCCUGCUGACCAAGUGGGUAUCAUAUUAUUCAACACAGAAGAGAAACAUAACUCAGCAAAUAAUGAACGUAUUUAUGUAUUGCAGAGUUUGGAUAUACCUGAUGCUUCAAUAAUAAAGGAGGUGGAUAAAUAUAUCAAAAAUAUAUCAUUAUUACGAGAUAACUAUGGUAGCAGUAAAAUAGAAUGUCCACUGGGUGAUCUCUUUUGGGUUUGUUCAGAUGUAUUCUUUGGAAGUGCACCCAAAUAUGCUUCCAAGCGAAUGAUACUCAUAACCAAUAAUGAUAAUCCUACACAGCACAAGCCAACAUCGAUUCAACGAGCCAGGGAUCUCUUGACGAUUGGAAUAGAUAUUGAGCUGUUUUUCUUUAACAAAAGAGAUGCUCUAUUUGAUCCAAAUUUAUUUUAUACAGAGAUUGUUAAAGACUCUGUGCAUAGAUUAGAACAUUUGGAAACUAUUGUGAAAUCAAAACAAGCUAAAGGUCGAUCCGAGUUUCGUAUUCCUUUCCGAAUCAAUGAGGGUCUUUGUAUAGGAGUAAAAGGAUACAACAUGAUCAUCGAACAGAAAGUCAGCCCACACAAGUAUUUCUAUACGAGUGGAGAGCAAGUAAAAGAAGCGAGCACGAUCACGCGCUGGAAAUGUGUCGACACAGAUCAAUAUUUAACAAAAAUGGAUAUAAAGCGUGCUUAUGAUUAUGGAGGAGAAAAGAUUGUGUUUACGAGUAAAGAGAUAGAAGAGAUAAUCAACUUUAAAGAACCAGGUCUGCUGUUAUUAGGGUUUAAAAGUCUAAAAGAACUAGAACCACAUUAUCAAGUAACGCAUCCUUAUUUUAUUUAUCCCGAUGAAUCCCAAUAUGAAGGCAGCACGAAGUUAUUCUUUCACCUUUUGCAUGGAAUGAUCAAAAGAAGCAAGAUCGCCAUUUGUUCCUUUAUGAGAAGAAAAAAUGUCGCUCCCAAGCUAGCUGCUCUUGUUCCUCAGGCGGAACGUAAAGAUAAAGAAGGAAAUCAAAUUGAGCCCCCUGGAUUACAAAUCGUUACUUUGCCAUAUGCCGAUGAGAUACGACCUAUUCCAUUCUCAUCCACCCCAAAGGCUGACACGAGUAGCAUUGAAGCAUUUAAGGAACUUGUCAAUAAAUUUACCAGCAAGGGAUAUAAUCCGAAGCAUUAUGAGAAUCCACAUCUCCGAAACCAUUACAACAUGAUUCAAGCUAUUGCACUUGAAUUAGAAAGUAAACCUCAAUCAGAUCAGCUAUUACCUAAUUAUGAAUACAUUGAUCAGGAAAUGGCACAAGAUAUAGAAACAGCCAAGCAACUGGUUGGUCUAGAUACCAUUACAGAGCACGACAUCAUGUCUGCUGGUCAAUCAGUAGGCCAAAAGCGGAAGAUAGAUCAAAGUGUCAAAACUCAACAGAGCAGCAGUAGUUUGGAUGAUAAGUUUGAUAAAAAACUAAAAUUAGACCAGGAUGCGGACACUAUAACAGUCCUUUGGAAUAACAAUAAACUUCAAAAGGCUUCAAAUGCUUCACUCAAGGAAUUUCUUAAAGAUAAUGGAAUACAGCCGAAAAGACUUAAAGCAGACUUGGUUGCACAAGUCGAUGAAUUAUUGCAUGCAAAAUUCAAUAUUAGGGACUGAGCGUUAUUUCUGCUUCUAUCGAUAAACUUUUCCGGAAAAUUAUAUAAAAAAAAGGGAAUACGGAACUUAAAAUUUGAUAACAAUCUAUAACAUUGAUCCGAAUGUUCGAGCGACUAUAUAUAAAAGGGAAGCAAUAGCAUAAAUCAAUUAAAA